GAACGAGGAGAGUCUUACAUUAGCGGAUGAUGAAAUGAAAACGAAAUGGGACAUUUUGCAACCUGCCUGUUCUAUAAAAAUUAUUCUUUGAUGAAGAAAAAUUCUGUCAUUUGGCUUCGGACAUCGCUUUCGCUUUCGCGCAAGUCUAAAGUACAAAGUGUUUUGCCAUGUGGUAACUAUGACUACGCUUAAAAGGAGACAAUACACACGCUUGUCGCGAAACUUUGUCCCAACGAGAGUCCCGAAGGGAACAAUCUUCUAGCGAAGAAGAGCUUUCUCUGUACUGCGCCAGAGAUGAACGACAAAGACGACAGCGCUUGGGUCUUCGAUUCCCUGAUCGGUUUUCUUCAGGGUCCAAUUUGGUCCGCGCCUCUCAUCACCUUCAUCGAAGAGAAGUCGCUCAUAUUCGAAGCAGACAUCGAGGAGAACGACGAGUAUCAAAAGGUGUAUCAAGAGUACAAAAAUCUCGUGGACUUGUUGCUUGGUUGCUUCAUGGAAGACAUGGGGAUUACACCGGAGCAAUUCGAGUACGCUUGCACCGUGAACAAGUACACAAAAAUGCCCAUACAAUUCCAGCAGAACUUGUUCGAGCAAAUAUGGGCAGCGAACGAGUACGAGAUAUUCAAGAGGAUGAUGAUCCAGAAGAAUCUGGAACUUCAGCUGCAAGCUUUGAACAUGAUCGAGCAGAAGUAUGGUCUCACACCUGCAUCCCUCAUGUAUGAAACCGACGUGUUGAACGAGGAUCCUUUAGUUAUGGAAGAAAUCAUUCAAAAGCACGUAAUGGAGAAUGACACGGAAGAAGAUCAGGAGAUAUCAUCAGAGACUUCGUUGAUCAAAGAACAUGAACGUUUAACAGCUAAAUAUAACAGCGAGAAGGCAUUAUUGGCGGAAGCUUUGAAAGCAUCACAAAAGGAACAGUCUCCUGGAAAGGAAUCAGUUUCAAAGGAAGAAGUGUAUAAAAAAGAAGAAGGAAAAGAUGAUGGAGCAGAAAAAAGAGACAUAGAAAUAAAAAAGGAAGAGGAGGAAGAGGAGGAGGAGGAGGAAGAGGAGGAAGAGAAAGAAAAGGAAGAAGCAAAUAUUCCAAGGUUCCCCAAAGCAAUUCCUCUUGGCCCUAUGUCCACAGACGAGCCAAAAUCAAUGGAGCAAAACGUAUCGGUAUCAGAGGAAGAUGUGAGAAAGAGGCAGACCUAUCUGAAAGCCAGACGGGACAAAUUGGUGGCUUUGAAGAAAGAAGCGAGGAGUCAACGGUUGGAGAUGAAUCUAUCGAGGCCGAGCUCCGCGAGAUCGGUGGCGGAAGCGACGAUCAAAGGUGAACAAGAACUAAAAUUACCGGAACCUCUGGAACCUUCUAUAUUGCAAGUACGCAAAGCGCUCGCGGCUCGUCUUCAGGCAGAAGUAGUGCGCAAGCAAACGAGCCAAUAAUAACGAUUCUCUGGCGAAGCUGUUUCAUGAUCGUGAUAAGAUGAUUCUCUCUUUUUCAUCUGUUUUUUUAAAUAUAGAAAUCUCACUCUUCGCGGAGCGAAAUUUUUAUACAGCUGUAUCAGCCUUUCUUUUCUUUAAGUGUGCUAUGUUUUAGGAUAAAGAUACUGAAGAAAUUUGCAAAGAUCACGAACGUGUUCGUACACAUUGAAUUGUAUCAAAACGAUCAAAUCGAACAACGAACACGUUUAAAAAAAAUAAAGGUAUAUAAAGUCG